AUGCUAUCUAAGCCUUGGUAAUUAAAUCCAAAAAUAAAAGAAACUCCAUAAACUAUACAAAAUAUUUAAAUUAUAUAAACUGUAAUAUACGAAAUAUUAGUAGAAUUCCUUAGAAAUAGCUGCCCACCAAAUUAAAAUAACUAAGCCCAUCUUUAAUAAGACAGAAAAAUAAAAGAAAGUCCAAAUCCUAUUUAAAUUGUAGCAGAUGCUAUAAGUGCAGAAGAGAGAAAAGAAUAUUAAAAAAAUGAUGAACCCAUUAUUUUAGGGCUUAUUAAAAGAUCUGAACUUUCUUCUAUUUUUGAAGGAUAUGAUAAUGUCGUUUGGCUUGAUACUAUGAAAUCUACUAUGUAAGGUUUGGGCGAAUCUUUAAGUAAGAUUGUUCAAAAUACUUAUAUUAUAGAAAUAAAAAAAAAGAUAGAUUUUCCAAUAGCAUUUGGAAACGAAGGAUUAAAAGGAGUUAUAGCAACAGAAAACAUUCCGGCAAAUACAGUAAUAUGUUGUAUUCCUAUAAAACUUAUCAUAACAACUAAAAAAAUAAAAGAAAGUGAACUAAAGUAAAUAUAUAAAGAAAAUCCAGAUAUAUUUAGCGAAAAGAGAAAUUAUGACGGUGAAUCAGAUAUGGUUGCUGCAUUUUUAAUAUACGAGAAAUUGAAAGGUGAAGAUUCAUUUUACUAUCCAUAUUUUUAGACUGUCGAAAAGUCAUAUACAAUAUAUGACUGGACAAUUGAUGAGAUACAAGAAACUGAAAACGAUGAAAUAAUAUCAGAAUUUAAUUAAUAUUGUUAAAAUAUGGACGAAUGGAUAAUAUUGCAUGAAACACUUUUAAAAUACCCUUAAUUUUUUGACCCAAAAAAAUUAAGUAAAGAAAUAUAUAUAUGGAGUUAUGAAUUAUUAAUGACUAGAAUGUUCGGGCAUGGACUUCCCUGUUCUUUUUUAGUUCCUUUUGGAGAUAUGUUUAACCAUAAUAAUGAUUCAGGGACACAUUUAAUAAUAAAUAAAAAGUUUGAAAGCGAUGAAUUGCCUAUUCAUGAAGAUUAUAAAGUUAAAAAGAAUAAAAUAAAUAUGGAGAUUUUUCCAGAAAUAAAAUAAGAUAAUAAAAUAUUUCCUUAUAAAUCUGAAAGACUUAAAUUUAUUUAAAAAAAGGAUAUUUGUUAUAAGAAAAUGAAAAUUAAGAUUUUUUAGAAAAAGAAAUUAUUUCAUAAAUAAAUUCCUAAGAAUUAAUUUAAAAUAAAAAUAUAUAAAUAUGGGAUAUGA